AUGGCAACCCAGGCGGAGACACCGAAAGCAGAGAAUCUUGCCGCGGAACACCCUGGCAAGACCCAAGAACCGGCCUCCGAAGCUACUUACAACACCGGCAGCUCUCCGAAUGGGGGUUCCGAACCGAAGGGGAUAGUUUCUGCCGUGGCUUCAGAAGCGAGCAAUGAUGCCCCCCUUACCGAUGUUCAGAAAAAGAUGCGACGAGCGGAGCGAUUCGGCAUUUCUGUCCAGCUGUGUAGGCAAGAGAAGCGCAACUCCCGAGUCGAAAGGUUCGGCCCUGGGUCCACAUUACAAGCAUCAUCAACAUCAAGAUCAAAUGACCUAAAGGGAAGGGCUAGAGAAGAGAGGUUUGGCAUUACGCAUUCAUCUACUGCUGAUGAUGAUAAGCCAAGGAAGAAAGCUCGGCUUCCUAGCUUUGCGCCAGUUUCCACAAUUGACCCAAUGGAGGAAGAGAAAAGGAAGGCAAGAGCAAUUAGGUUUUCAAAUCCUCCCCCGUGUUCUCUAUCUCAAGCUAACGGGAAAGAAGAUAUUGAGCCAAUUAGAAGGCCACUAUUGCAGGCGGAGCUUCCGGACGGACCUGAACGGCUGCUUGCUUCCUUAUUAGUCGGAAAUUUUAUCGUAUAAUCUAUAACAGUUCAAGAUUCCUUUGGUGGCCGUCAUGUUGUAUCUACGCUUUGACACAGUAAUCCCCUGGUGCAGCAAUCUUCCCUGUUCUGGACCAAAUUCUGCCAAGACAUGAUCAACAUCAAAGUAUUCUGAAGUUUACGUUUAUGUUGCCCUAGUUUUGCUUUGAUUAGUGACACCUCAGUGGAAUUAGCAAUUCUCUUCUUUAGUGUUUUCUUGUCUUCAAACUUAGUAGGAUUAGAAAUCUGGAAUCUAAAGCCAAGGAUUUUUUUUUUUUUGGGGGGGGGGGGGUGUUUCAAAAUUUGCUUCUUCUCCCUUUUGGAUUGUUAGAGUAUAGGAUGAAACCAUUUGAGCGGAAGUUUUCGGAAUCUUGAUUCUUUUUCACCAUGUUCUUUGCAA